CGGUGUUCGAGUGUGACACUUGACCCUUCAUAAGACAACACGGGGACAGCGGGCGUAAUGUAACUUUCCCAACACCUCUGACCCCGGUUUAUCACCACCGCCGACUAGGGCUGGCUCUCCGGUAAUGUGUACCGUCGGCCCCGGAAGCCAUCAAUAUCGUCCCGCCGCGCCUCCGUGAGUCCCGACGGGCCGAGAGAUCCAGCGGACCCACCGCCAUGGCCUCGGCGCCCGCCCGCCGCCGCACAUCUGUCGGACUCCCCGCUGCGGCCGCGGCGCUCCUGCUCCUUCUGACGGAAGUGCCCGCCGCCGUGCGGGCUUCCCAAGGCGACAAGGAGCCGGUGUACCGAGACUGCGUGAAGCAGUGUGUCGGGACUAACUGCACCGGGGCUCGGCUGCAGGGCUAUCAGUCCGCACAGCCGCAGUAUAUGGCGCUCACGGGCUGGACGUGUCGCGACGACUGUCGCUAUGAAUGCAUGUGGACCACCGUGGGCCUCUACCAGGCCGAGGGGUACCGAGUCCCGCAGUUCCACGGCAAGUGGCCAUUCGCGCGCUUCCUGUGUUUUGAGGAGCCGGCGUCUGCCCUGGCCUCCCUGCUGAACGGCUUGGCGUGCCUCCUCAUGACGCUGCGCUAUCGGAGCGCGGUGCCCCGCCAGAGCCCCAUGUACCACACCGUCAACGCCUUCUCGCUGGUUUCUCUCAACGCCUGGUUCUGGUCCACAGUUUUUCACACCCGGGACACCUAUCUCACGGAGAAAAUGGACUAUUUCUGUGCAACAGCAGUCAUUCUGUACUCCAUCUACCUAUGUUGUGUCAGAACGUUGGGUCUAAGGCGGCCCGCGGCGUCCAGCAUGGUGGGAGUCCUGCUCAUCUUGGCCUUUACCUCGCACGUGUCCUUCUUGACCUUCGUCAGUUUCGACUACGGCUACAACAUGGCUGCGAACGCCACCAUCGGAAUGGUGAACCUGCUGUGGUGGCUGUGUUGGUGCUGGCAGAACCGGCGGAUCCUGCCCUACUGGUGGAAGUGCAGCCUGGUGGUCGUGCUGCUGUAUGGUCUGGCCCUUCUGGAGCUGUUGGACUUCCCCCCGAUAAUCUGGGUCCUAGAUGCUCAUGCUGUGUGGCACCUCAGCACGAUACCAGUGCACUUCCUUUUCUACAGUUUCCUGAUAGACGACAGCCUCUACCUACUACUGAACACAGAGAAGAUGGGCGUCAAAGUCGAGUAGGAAGGAGCUCGUCACCUCUGCGCUGCGACCACGCCGUCGCACGUCUACGAUCGGGAGGGCGGGACACCCGAACCAGGAAGUAGCCCGAUCUCCCAGACCACGUGCAUGACGCCACGUUGACCUCCAUCAAAGCAGAAUGUGUUGACAAGUUUUAUUGGUUUUUAGUAUUUAUUUGUGUUUGUUGUUUUCUUUAGUUUUGCCUUGUACAGCCACAUGCUGUACGAUUCUUUUGCCAUUUAUCAUCAAAACCGGCCGAAAGAAAAACCGCGAUGACCGUGCCGCGUGACUCUUGGCUGCGUCUGAAAUGAAUCCCCCGAACCGGUGGUCCUCGGAUGUCACGCUUGGAUCUGCCUGAAGUUGCAGUUUGCCUCAUCGAUCAAUAGAUGGCACCAAACCCCUCGCCGGGCCGUGGCCACCCACAGCGUUGGGGCUGCGUGGAUCAGGGUCCAUCUGUGCUAAAAGGGGACUGGCGGACACACAGAGUUGCCCCUUGUGAAGUGGGCUGCCAGUGGAUUGUUCGAGAGGGGCUUAUGUUUGGAGGCCAUUCUAGCUGACUGUGUUUUUUGUUUUUUUUCCAUCUCACACGUGUAUUUUUGUGCCUUCAUUGUUUCCUCUGCUGCUUUCUUCUCUUACACUGUACACUUCUGUAUCAUUGCCAUUUGAGUUUUUAUCAGCUGUCUUUGUUGUUUUUAAUUCUGUUAUCAUUGAACAACCUAUGUGCUUUAUUCUUAGACGUUUUUUAAAUUAUUUGGUGGGGUGACGUAUGAUGGAGGUUCUCAAAAUGAAAAUCCUGUUUUCAUUCACCUGGAUUGCCUUGUAAUGGGAGAUAAUAAUUGAGAAAGGACAAAUAUGAAUACAUCAAGAGUUUCUAAUAAAUUCCGAGGUGGAGUGUGAGUGAGUGUGUGUGUGUGUGUGUGUGAUCGAGUGUUAAAGAUUUUGUUGGGUGACUAUUAUUUGCAUUUCAUUCCUUGCUGUAAUGAUCUGCAGAUAAAUACACACACACACACACACACACACACAAUCAGCUGCUGUUCAGAUUACUGCCCCACCAUGUCAGAAAGCCCCCUUCACUCGUAUCUGCCUUUGAUGUAUCAAACCUGCCUGACGUUUCAUUUCAUCAAAUAGUCCCCAAAAAGACUGACAGUCAUACACCGUGUGUGUUCAUCCCUCAGCGGCUGCCUUCCAUAUGUGCACUUUACGUGUGUGAACAUUUAGGUGCCUGCUUUUGUAUUUGUGUGUGACAACAAUGGCGCGUGUGUGUGUGUGUGUACCUGUCGCCUUGACUACAGUGUGUUGCUUUUGCCAUCGCAAACUGAAUCAUGUGUGAUUGUCAGCGAGAUUGAUGUGUGUGUGUGUGUGCGCAUGCGCGCGUGAGUGUGAGAAAGUGUGUGUGAUGGGAAAAUUUAGAUCUGCUGACCGGAAGGGUGGGGGAGGGGCAUAGGUUUGGUUGGCAGAGAUACUGAUAUAUGUGAAAAGAAUAAUUUAUUGCGCAUAUUCUAGUUCUUAUUUGCUCACUAUUCAUAUUUUCAGUUGGAGUGAUGUUUGUUAAUUACUGGCAUUCAUCCAUUAGUGUCUGGAGUGAUGUGGUUAAUUCGUAGUCUCUCUAAAAGACUAAGAAUGACCACAUCACUUUUCUUCCCCCACUCAUCCGCUGCCCACUGAAGCAUCGGAGCUCUUUCCUCCACCUCACAGCUAAUGUUUGGACAAAAAAUAAAAAGGUGCUUUGUUGAAAAAGAA